AUGGAAGGUUCCCCAACUGAAUUCGCAUCCUCCACCGAAGAGAAGAUUUUGAUCGAGCUGUUUUCUUUACCCCCCCCACCGUCUAUCACACCCCUGCACUCCCCGCAGGAGCUUCAGGCGCGCUACGAUCAGUGCGUUGCCCAGUCUAGAGAACGGCUGCGUGGUAAACUCACCACUUCCCAUUGCGCGAAUGAAGUCCCGGACUCCGUCAUCCCCUGUAUGGCUGACAUUUUCCUCAGUCACUGUCCAACUCUGGAGCUUUCGUCAACCGAGGUGGGGCCGCUUAUCCAGCAGCUUCUCUCUCAAUCGUUUUCCGAUCCACAAGCGCGUUCCAAAAUCAAAAAAGAAUUAGAAGGGUUGAAUCUAUCCUACCUUCAAAGUCUCUACGACGCGCCGGAAAAACAAGAAGCGGAUCGAUUUCGUCGCGUAGACGUCGACCGCAGCCGCCGAAUUUUAAUUUCAAACACUGAAGGACAAAGUGAUAGUGCGAAGGGCGACCCUAUUUCUGCAAAAUCGACCCGAGGAAAGAAAAUCGCAGAGUGCGUAUCCUGUUUAACGCGAGGACAGCACCAACAUUACAACCAUAUUGUAAAACUUUACAUGCGGGAUCGCCGCCGCCCGCCUGCGAGCACGCCUUCUCACCCGGAUACCACUAUAGUGCUUGAUUUAAUUGAAGCCGAACAGACCUGUUUUUUGGCCAAGCUUAAGCGGGAAACCUGUGAAUGCGCCCAAUGUCUCAAGGAAGAUGUGGACGGGCAUCUUUCUCACAGCGCUUUAGAGGCUUCCAAUAAUUGUAUUAAUCACAACUUCUUGGGAAACCUGCAUUUUCGUCGCUUUGCGCAGCAUCGUCGAAUUCAGCGUUUGUCGGAAAGGGUCGAGAGUUUUUUGACUCUUGCGAAGAUGGCUGUCGAGAUCGGCGGCGGCGGUAGCCCCUGCCCCGGUUCUCUCAGCGUAGCGGAUAAAAAACCCGCCCGUGAAAAAAAUUGGGUGCAUUCUCACACGUCCGAAUCUUUCUCGCGUUAUGGCCACCUCAUCACUGCUGGGCAUUCCGUGCAAGUUAAGCUUGUUCUUGGUAACGAGGAUGAAGAACAAAGGAAGCAGGCAAGUACCUUGAAGGAAAUUCUUCCAUUGGUACUUCCAUCCAGAGGCACUGGGGAAGGCAGAAAGACAAUUUUUACAGCGGAAGAUGAUAAAACGGGAGAGGUGGAGGGGUCAAGCAAUGGGAUCGCAUUACCUUUUACUCUUGACGUGAAUUCUCUGAUAGAAGUAGCCUCCGCGGCGCGACAUGUGGAGGAGGAAAAUGCGGACCGUAAUAGCUCUGGAAAGGAGAUGCCGGAUGAUAAGGAAUUAUCAGAACAAUUUCCGAAGAAAAGCACAUCCAAAGUGUACUGGGAUGAUACAGUGGAUGGCGUCUACACUUUUCACAACCCUGUUAUAAACCCUAUGGUGGCUGUGCUUGAUCCCAGAUCAUCUGGUGUGAGCGUACUGGGGUUUUCAUCGUCGAUAAAGGGGUUUAGCAUGGCCUUGUCUUUUGAAGCAAUGCUAACGCUACUAACUGUACAUAUUAGUCGAAAUGGAGAGGGUAGUGAUCCCCUUCAUAAUGGUUUCCGCCUUCCAAUUCUUGCACGUGUCGUACAACCAACUGUUAACGGGCACCGUACUGAUGGUACAUCACCGGGGCACGAUGAAUCCUUUGAAGUGCACUUGGAGAUAGGAAACCCGUUUCCCAGAGAGAAGGAAACUCGACGUAGUAUUCUGGUAGAUGCUAUGGAAUAUUUAAUCAGUCAUAACAAAUCAAUAUCCCCGUUUCUCCAAGAAAGGGGUCAAGAUAAAGUUCACGAGCAAGUUCUGUCCACAACAUUCGCCUUGACAAAUGCUAAUGGUAACCUAGAUGAGUCACGGCAAAUAAACUCACAACUGUCACCUAACCGCAAAGCGAACUGCUGUGCGACUCUAAUGUUAUCGCGUCUAGAUAAUGACCCUGGAUCCUCGCGACUGGAGAAUUCGAGGGCGUCAGGUAAUGAUUCGUUUUUCACCCAGCCUCUUUAUUUGAAUGUUGUGCAUCGCGCAGUUGCGUUUCAGGAUGGUGUGAGGCCGGUCUUCGUCAUGGUUAAGGUAAAUUAUCUGAACAAAUGCCCUAGCUUAAGUCUAACGACUUCUUUUCCUCCUUCUGUACAAUCACCAGCAUCACCAUUGCUCCGGGAAUCUUUCAGCAUAGACGAAAUUUUGGAAUUGUGUUUAUUGUUUCGCUGCUUUCCGACCGCAAUAGUUCGCGUUUACUAUGUUAAUGCGUACUUUUCUUACAUUUUUGGUAUUACCGACUUCACACGCUCGACCUGGGAGACAGCACUGACGAUGCGGCAGGAUAAAGUUUCCCUUUCUGUUCUGGAGGAUCUUUUCACAACUCCCGCGGUAACGCAAAGCGAAGAUUUUCAUUAUGCCUACGAAUCCCUCUUUGAUGUUUUGCACGCGGUUUGCCGACGUGUCUUAGCAAAGGUGGCAGAGACGCUAAAUUUUCAGAAGCCAUCACAAACAGCGCUGCAAGAGGUUGCCAACUUCCAUUAUCUUCUGGUUAAAUCCAAUAAACCUAAAAAAAACAUCAAUCAAGAGGCCGCAGGAGGUCAACAACACAAAAAGCAUGGACACCGCCACCAGAACGCUGAGGGGGUGCAUCGAAAUAAAAAGUACGACCUUUUGCUUUACCGUGUUGACGAACUCUAUCCGAAAUUCGAGUUACAAUUUAACAAGAAUAAAGAAGCGGAGUCGUUGGCAUUUGUGGAGGGGGCGAGUUCUGAGGUCUGUGAAAGAGAGUACCUGCCACCAGACAAUUGGAUUUACCGGGAUUCUAUUCCUUUCACGUUUCCACCAGCAAAGGUUUCCUGA